AUGUCGGACACGAAUAAACCGUACGUGUGUACACUGAGCAAAGAACUGCAGGAAAAGGCAAAGAAAGAACUUCACGAAACACCAGAGGGUCGGGAACAAGGUCUGAAAGCAUUACGAGAGAAAACUCACACACGUCCAGAUAUCAAGUUCCGCACCGAUGACGCGUUCCUGUUGAGAUUCUUACGAGCCAGAAAGUUCGACGUAAACCGAGCGUUUAAAAAUCUUGUUGCCUAUUAUGAAAUCCGUCACGAGUAUCCAGAAGUUUUUGACAACCUGGAAGUGGACAAAUUGAAAUAUAUCUGGGAAGGAGGGUUAGAAGGAAGAUUUGACGGGAGAGAUAACGAAGGGCGUUUUAUUGGUUUUUUCCGGCCAGGAAAACUAGAUGUUGACAAAUACAGUGUGAAAGACAUGGCUCGUGCUAGCGUCUUGUCAACAGAGAAACUUUUAGAAAACGAAGAGGCGCAAAUUAGUGGCGUCGUAAUGAUUGGCGACUUUGCUGACUAUACUGCAAAACAUGCUAUUCACAAUGGACCGUCAUUUGCUAGGAUGAUGAUGUCAAUUUCCGAGAGUGCCAUGCCAAUCAGAAGUAAGGGAGUUCAUUUUGUCAACACGCCCUCAAUAUUUGAAGCAGGUAUGGCGAUAUGGAGUGUGUUUAUGACUGAAAAGAUGAAGAAAAGGGUCAAAGUUCACGGGGAUGAAUACGGUACGUUACAUAAAUACAUUCCCUCAGCAGCCCUCCCAUCGGAUUACGGAGGAACCCAGCCAGAAAUAACAGAAUGUUCGAAGAAAUGGAUGCAAGAGUUACAAGCUUGGGAAAAGAGAUACCAUGACGAGAAUGCCAUGUAUGGUAUCCCCAAGAUGAAGGACGCCCUUGGUAAAGACAAGACUGUCGAUCCAGGAGGAGGGCUAGUUGGCACCUUCAGGAAAAUAGAACUCUGA